CUCCGCAUUGAACCAACGAUGCACGGUACUCGGAUCUACUUGAGUAUGCUGCCAUGCUGUGCUUCCGCCUUCGGUCGUCUUCGAAGGCAACAAGAGCCUGUCGCUGCACACCGGCCUACCGUCUGAAGUUGGAGCGUCGAGUCACGUGAAAGGCUGAACUGGUCUGUCACGUGACUGGCACGAGUAAGGCUGCUCUACUGGCAUGCCGCCAAGUCAUUUACCCAUCUUCGGACAGCAUUGGUCUCUGGCAAGGUUGCUCGAAACAAGCAUGCUCCGAUUGGACGGCUUUCAAGUCCAGACAACGUGUCUGUGGUUGCAGCUCUGCAACCUCGACGCAAUAUGUAACAUCGAUCACGCUAUCCACCGAUGCCGGCGGAGGUACAUAUGUCCAAUCUCAUCAACACGCCUCACCCCUCCAACCAUCUGGCAACUCCACAGUCCCAUCGUAUUACAGCACAGCGCUUGAUAUAAACCAUGGCAACCGCUCAAGUUCUUCGUCCCGGGCCCGCAGGCCAGCCCGACAUCGACUACGCCCCCAACCUCGACAAGUACCAAGCGCGAGUCAAACGACGAACGGAAACGGAGCAGUUGGAGCAAUCCCUCCCCGCCGGAUUCCCUUCUCGUCUCGACUCACCCUUGGUCUGGGACGGGGCGGACAUCGCCACCAAGUACGACUGGACGUACGAGCUCAACGACGAGGAAGUCGAGGAAAUCGAAGCCGCAUUGAAGCACUUCAGAUCCCUCAACAAGCCCCUCGGCUUCGUCUCCAAGGACACCUUCCCGCUCCCCAAAGCGCACAAAGCGCUGCGUGAAAUCUCCAAUGAAAUCCACAAUGGUCGCGGCUUCAAAGUCCUCCGUGGCCUGCCGGUGACAAAGCACAGCCGCGAGGACAACAUCAUCAUCUACGCCGGCGUGUCCUCGCACAUCGCCCCCAUCCGCGGCCGACAGGACCAUCAAUUCGAAGGCAAGCCCGCCGAUGUCGUCCUCAACCACAUCAAAGACUUGACCUCCGUCGUCGACGCCAGCCAGAUCGGCGCUCCGGCCUACACUACCGAGAAGCAAGUCUUCCACACCGACGCCGGGGACGUGAUUGCCCUUCACUGCCUCCAGACAGCCGCUGAGGGCGGCCAAAGCAAGCUCUCCAGCAGCUGGAAAGUAUACAACGAACUAGCCGCCACGCGACCCGAUCUCAUCCGCACCCUCGCGGAGCCCUGGGCGGCCGAGAACUUCUCCGGCCAAGGAAAGCAGUACUCCCUGCGCCCCCUCAUCCACCACGCACCCAAGACCCCCACGCAGCCCGAGCGCAUCAUGAUCCAAUACGCCCGCCGCACCUUCACAGGCUACUGGGGCCUUCCGCGCUCCGCCAACGUGCCGCCCAUCACCGAAGCCCAGGCCGAGGCGCUGGAUGCGCUGCACUUCCUGGCCGAGAAGCAUGCCGUGUCGCUGGACUUCCGCCAGGGCGACGUGCAGUACGUCAACAAUCUGAGCAUUUUCCAUGCGCGCGAUGGGUUUACGGAUACCAAGGAGCAGCAACGGCACCUGAUGCGUCUUUGGCUUCGGGAUCCGGAGAAUGCAUGGACGACGCCUGAAGCGCUGGCGCCGCGCUGGGAGCAUGUGUAUGGUGGUGUAGAGGCUGAGAACAGCGUGUUUCCGCUCGAGCCGAGGAUCAGAAGCUCUUCUGCCGGCAAGAAACUUGAAUAGAACGACAAGCGGAAGGGAUGGUGUCGCAAGCGGGUCGCAUUCACACGGCGGUAUGCUACCUAGUCAUAAGAAGUCGCAUGCCUUCCCCCUUACGCAUUCCCACCCCUCCCACCCCGCCAACUGCCACUCUUCAAAUAGCAGCAAAU